AUGCAGAAAGACAGACAGCGGCCAGGCCAGCCGCGGGAGCAGAACUCGGCCCCGGGCCUGCGGUGGCCGCCCCAGAAGCCAUGCACCACUACAGGCCCCGUGUCCCUGACUCCACUGGCCCAGGCGCUGCCCUCAGCCACCGCGCGGGACCCCCCCUUCUGGCCCCCAUUGGCCUCCUCAGGCCCCCGAGCCCCUCUCACCUGGGGUGCUGUCCCCUCUGCCCACCGCGGAGGGCGCACGCCCCACCCCACCCCCAGGUGGCCCUCACUGGAGUCCAUCGCGGGCUUCGUGCAGCUUGAGAUGUCCCUGCCCAUGGGGACCUUGGGCUCACGCGGGGUAAUCAAACCCAGGGAGGCCUGUCUGUACCUUCAGCCCAGCAGUACUGUCCCCGGGGAAGCCGAAGAGCAGGGAGGGCCUUGGGGCCCCCUGCUCUCUGGGUCCUGCUGGGGGUCCUUCUGGGGGCAGCUUGAGGGCGGGCUGAGGCUGCUGUGA